GUCCUUAGCGGUGCUGAGGUAUCUAGUCUUCCUAUGCAGACUCUUUGCCCACGCCAGCGUACUUCAAUCGUCAGCAACCAUCCGGUUGCCUGUAUCUUUUCUUCAGACCGUUCUCUUGGUCCAAAGUGGACAGGACUAGAGGCAUCUACUAGAAAGGCAAAGGAGACGGACAUUGCGGAGGAGUUCUUUGAUGAAGAGGCGGAGGCACACACGGACAGUGCGACUUUACCUCGGGAGAGGGAACAAUGCCCGUCUUCUUCGUCAGAUGGCGCGUCAGUGUAUCCGUCUGCUUCACUCUUUGCCUUCUCUUCCUCUCCAGCAUCCUCCAGCUCUUCCAGAAGCACUUGUUCACUGAACUCUCAAAGGUGCAGCCUUCAUGGCAGACCUCGUAGAUCAGUCCGAUUGCGCCGAUCAUCAAGCGCUAGUUCCAAAGUGGGUAGAGAUUACAUCUCUCGUAGAAGGCACUACCGAAGGGCUCCUGAGAAAUCACACUACUUCGACCGACAUGAUAUUCUUCGGCUUAAUAUCAGUGGCACUGCAUUCCACGUUCGAAGAAGCACUCUAGAAAACGACCCACUUGUCUUUCAAGCCGUCCGCCGGCAGGCAGUCUGGCUGGCCGAUCGUGGUGAGUAUUUCCUGGAACACGACGCUGUCGUUUUCAGGUUUGUACACGCCUACCUCAGGUUCGGCUGUCGGCUCCACCUCCCAGGGAACCUGUGUGGACCCCUCCUGGAGCGUGAGUUAGCAAGUUGGGGUAUCCCAAUCGGAGGCGACCAAGUGGAGCGCUGUUGUCUUGGCUCCGUGAUGGACACUAAGCUACGCCUAGACGCACUUUCCCGAUUCGAGACAUUUCUAACGGAACGGCCGGAUACCCCGAAUGUCUGGAUCAAGUAA